AAUGUGUGAGUAAGUUUGUAAUGUCUCAUGAAGCAAAAACAGCGGAAACGGAAACAAACGUCUAUCUAAACACGAAACCCGCAUACGUCUGCUUUAUAGCAAAAAAUACGGCAAUUGGCAACGACCCACAAAAUAGAUCAAAUGGCAAACAAUGAUCAAACAAAGCCGGAGUUAAGGACCCGUUCCUCUCUGAAAGAGAUUCAAGGAAUACCAUUGUUAGAGCCAAUCGUGACAAACUGGGACAGAGUUAAGAAAUUCAAAGCAUUCCCAGAGGACUUGCUAAUUGCCACAUAUCCAAAAGCGGGAACCACAUGGACCCAGGAGAUUGUGGAUCUGAUCCUCAAUCAUGGGGAUGCAGACCAGGCCAGACGUGCACCGACACAUGUUCGAAUGCCUUUUCUAGAGAUGACUGCCCCAAAUCCAACUCUGUCUGGGAUUACACAGUUAGAGAAGAUGGGACCACCUCGUGUCAUCAAGACUCAUCUUCCCAUCCAGCUUGUUCCUAAAACAUUCUGGGACGCAGGCUGCAAGAUCAUCUACGUGGCACGCAAUGCUAAGGACAACGUGGUGUCAUAUUUUCAUUUUGAUCGGAUGAAUCUAGUUCAGCCAGAGCCCGGGCCAUGGCCACAGUAUCUGCACAAGUUCAUGAAAGGACAGUUAGGGUGGGGCUCCUGGUACGAGCAUGUGAAAGGCUACUGGAGGGAAAGAGAAAACAAGCCAAUCCUCUACCUUUUCUUUGAGGACAUGAAGAAGGACCCUGCUAAGGAGAUUCGUCGCAUAUCUGAAUUCCUGGGACAGAACACAUCAGAUCAGCUGAUUGACAACAUCAUGCAAAUGACGACCUUUGCAGCCAUGCGAGAAAACCCCAUGGCCAACUACUCUACAAUACCAGAGACCAUCUUCGAUCGUCAGGCAUCAGAGUUCUUAAGGAAGGGAGAAGUCGGAGACUGGAAGAACCAUUUUAGUUCACAGGAAAACAAAGUGUUUGAAGAACAUUACAACACAAUGAUGGCUGAUGUUGACAUUCCAUUUUGUUUCUCAGUUUAAGAACAUUUUAGAUGUGCAUACUUUAUUAUGAAAUCCUCAACAAUCAUCAUGAAUCAGUUAUACGGUCUACCUCACAAAUUGCACAAGCAUACUCAAUGAGCAACUAAAUGUGAUAAUCUGUGUGAAGAGGGCAUUGUCAAGUAUUUUCUUUAAGUGAAAACUAAAACUAUAAUUCUAUUAAUAUAAAGUAGGCUAUCUACAUUGCACUUACGAGAGCACCAUUUUGACACUAAAGAAUAGUCAGUCACAGCUCUAUUCUACCCACUUGCUGCAUUUUAUCAACAAAUGUUUCAUGUCAAGACAGUUUAAUGGAAAUGAAUGUCUAUAAUAUUAACAUUUUUCUAUUUAUUGAUUUCUAUAUUUGAAAAUGGUACAAGGAAAUAC